AUGUACAACCCAUCAUACGACCCAAUGCUCAGCCGCCCACUCACACCCGACGAAAGCUUUCACUUUCUCAAACUCAACCCCAACCUCGCCCUCUUCAUCCCAGUCCCCGAGUGCACCUGCUGCCUCUUCUUCCAGUUCUACCAGUGCGGAUGCCCCGACAACCAGUCCCACAACGGCAUCGGCCUCUUCGGCGAGCUACUUCGCUUCCGUAACCCAACGCAGUUUGCUUGCCUGUACAGGUGCCCCAUCCAUUUUCUCCCCCAGGCUGCGCAGACAAUCCUCCACAAUCGCGGCUUCCGCCACAGGAACGACCCCCUGCCCGUCGCUCAAGCCCCCGUCGAACUCCCCUUUCCGUGCUACAAGCACCAAGAAGAAUGCUCAUACAGAAUCUCAAAGAAGGCAGCCAUGAAUAUCCGGCCGUCCCUGGGACAUUCGAACAAGAUUAACAAGCUCAAGCGGAAGCAAAAAGCAAAGAGGGAGGUUGAUUGGGUCAAGAAACACAGAAAGGCGCUGAGGGCGUUUGUGUAUGAGCACACGCCCCUACAGGAGUUCAACAAGCCCAAGGUCAUCCACCCUGCCGACCAGGCAUUCAUUGGAACAUGGGAUAAAAUUGUACGGCCACCUGUCCAUGUCAAGCUUGAGAGUGAGGACUGGUUCCUUGAUGAGCAAAAGACUGAUUUGGACAAUGACGACGCCGCGAACGGGAGCAAGGUGGCGGAUAUAUUCUACCCCGAGAUUGGUCCGCUUGGGAGCGGCAAGUAUGAGGCUGGCGCGACGGUGCUGGAUGAGAUGAUGAUUACUGCGAUAUCGCGGAACCAGUGGAGGAGGAGGGGGUAUCCGUGGGAGUUUGUGCAUAGGGAUCGGAACAUGGGGGAGAUGGUGUGGAGUAUGGAUUGA